CGAUGGUGCUCUAGUUCUGCUGCAGUCAUAGUCGAGACUUUGUGGCACUUGUAUGUAUUUCGGGCUGAAGAAAACGACCCCGGGGGCGAUAGUGGUGGCUUUUAGUUUCUAUUGAGACCCGGCCUUGCGGAAGGGAUUAGACGGUGCUCUUCGACCAUUGCUAUUUCGCAUUGAAUUGAUUGGAAGGGUUUGCCCUGAGUGCAAUGAUUCUAUUAUCGACGAUUGUUUCAAAUGGUAUCACCUCGGUGGAUCAAUUGGAGUGGAUUAAAAGUGCGUUCGGUGUGGGUGAUUGAUUGUUCAGUGGAGAUGAGUGUGUUUAUUUUUGAUGUGUCGUUCUUGCGUGGAAAAUAGAUUAAUAAGAUUUUUCUAAGGAAAGAGUGACAUCAUUUGGUGAAUAACAUAAUGGAUAGCUUGAUAAAAACGCCGGUCUUAAUCAGAAAAAUGAUUACGGACGCGAGAAGAUCCUUCACCUCUCGCCAGCAGACGCAAUACAACGAGAUGGAACUUUCGCAUAGUCUGACACUAAAUGAAGAGGCUCUGAAUCAGAUCCCUGAACAGAAGCGACCAGUUUUCGUAUUUGAAUGGCUUCGUUUUCUUGAUAAAGUUCUUGUUGCUGCACAAAAAUCGGACAUAAAAGGAUGUCAGAAGAAACUGGUGGAGCAACUAACUCAGCAUAUCCAGGGCUCUCCCGGACCGCCAACGCGUAAACUGAUUGCCAAUUGUUUGGCAACCCUGUUUUCGGUUGGCGAUACAUUUCUCUUAUUCGACACGGUUAAUACGUGCAACGAUAUCCUGAAGAAUAAGGACGAUUCUCCAAGCUUUCUUCCAACGAAAUUAGCUGCAAUAUGCGUGCUAGGAUGCAUGUAUGAAAAACUGGGGCGCAUGAUGGGUCGAUCGUAUGAGGAGACCGUUCAAAUUCUCCUUAGGUCGUUACGAAGCGCUGAGUCCCAGACGAGAAUCGAAAUUAUGAUUACUUUAGAGAAGGUAUGCGCUGGAAUGGGGACUGCCAUAUCGAAUGUCCAUAAGGACAUUUUCAAGGCGACUAAACAUUGCCUGACAGAUCGAGUAAUGGCAGUACGUGUUGCAGCAGCCAAAUGUCUCCUUGAAAUGAUAAAUCAUGCACCAUUCCUGUAUACAACUGAACUCGAAAGUUUGGCGACCUUGUGUUUCAGAGCGUUUGACGGAAGUAACUAUGAAGUUCGGUGUGCAGUGGCGAAACUUCUAGGGACAUUGCUUGCAUUCACACAACAAACAAUUGACAAGAAAUCUCAAAUGGCACAGCAAUUGAAAUCACAACAACAAAGACUUAUAUCACUAGACGAAGCGUUAGGCAUUCUCAUGUCAGGAUUUUUGCGUGGAGGCGUGUCAUUUCUGAAAGGCACAGGUGAAAUCAUUAAAGGAAGUUCCGGAGUAAAUCGUGAAGUUCGUGUUGGUGUAACACAUGCUUAUGUCGUCUUCGUACAAUACAUGGGAAGCGUUUGGCUCGAAAGAAAUUUGCAGACAUUCCUUGUACACGUUUUAGAUCUAGUUGCCAAUCCCAAAGCAGCUUCAUCACAUGUCGAUGCAGUAUAUUCGAGGAAAUGUAUCAAUUUCAUUUUACGAUCAAUUAUUGGCAAAAUGUUGGGUGAAAAAGCUCAGUCAUCUGCUUGUAAAGAGCUGGUUCAUAUUGUGGCAAAGCAAAUGAAUUCCAUAGACUUUAAUCCUGAAAAUGCAAAAGAUUCAAACCAAGAGACACUUUUCAGUCAACACUUGCUUGUAUGCGCUCUUCAAGAGCUGGGUAGUUUGGUACUUGGAUUGGGAACAACAGCUCAAAAUCUACUAAGCGAUCAAUCACUUAAUUUCAUUGAUGCAACAUGUGCUGUCCUGAUACAUCCUUGCGCAGCAGCCCGUUUAGCUGCAGCUUGGUGUCUCCGAUGUAUUUGUGUUGCAGUACCCAGUCAAAUUACGCCUCUUGUCGAUCGAUUUAUUGAUGCCAUGGAUCAGAUGCGGUCCUCUCCUGAAGCCAUUGCUGGAUAUAGCUGCGCUUUGGCAGCAGUUUUAGGAAGCGUACGUUUUUCGCCGUUGGGGAUCCCGCAUACAAAAGGAAAAGUGGUUUUCAAUACUGCCGAAGAACUAUUGCGAUCGGCGAGUCAAAAUAGUCGAUUGUCAUUGAAUCGAACACAAGCUGGAUGGCUGCUUAUUGGAGCUAUCAUGACUUUGGGACCGUCAGUUGUGAAGGGAUUGCUACCUCGUAUGCUCUUGCUGUGGAGGAAUUCAUUUCCACGUUCAGCGAAGGAAUUGGAAUCAGAGAAGGCACGUGGUGAUUCGUUUACUUGGCAAGUAACGUUGGAAGGACGCGCUGGAGCGUUAUCGGUAAUGCACAGUUUUUUGCUUCAUUGUCCUGAUUUGGUUACGGAUGAUAUCAACCGCCGACUGUUGACACCCAUUGAGAGUGCAUUGGCGAUGCUGGUCAACAUUUCAUCUGUCCUCAAAAACUAUGGACAACACCUAAAAGCACCGGCAGCAAUGGUUCGUCUUCGUUUAUACGAAACUCUUACCCUCCUACCACCCAGUUCCCUUGAAUCAUCCUACACUCACUUGCUUCGUAUGCUUGUGUCGGAAUUCACACUAUCUGAGAAUCCAGCAAAUACGACUAAUUCACUAUUACGAUCGCUGUGUCAUGCUGAGGACUCAAUAAUUCUAGGGAAUUGGUUGCAGGAAACAGAUCAUCGUACUAUCGAAGAUCAGAUGGAACCAAAUAGAAAAUGCGAUGGGGAGCAUCUCCAGCCAAACAGUGCAGCAGGGUCCGGAGCGUUGGAGCAUGAUUCAUGCUGCCUUUACCGGCCCCUAUCAAAAAUCGAGCACUGUCCUGGUCCAUUGCCGCUCGGAGUGGCCGUUAUCGAUAUGUCUAUCCAACUGUUUGGCCUAAUCUUCCCACGUGUUGCCAACAAACAUCGCAUUCAAAUGCUUGAACAUUUCUCUGAGUGCAUUAAGCAAGCGAAGAGUUCACGACAGGAAGCUGUCCAAAUGAACAUCUUCACGGCAAUAUUGAGUGGUUUGAAGGCACUAACGGAAACUAAAAGUGGAAUUGGGCAGGAGGAAGUGAAGCGCAGUGCGACAACUUUGAUCGUUAAUGCGCUGGUUAGCGCUAAUUCCAUGUUACGGUGCGCUGCAGGCGAGGCAUUGGGACGAAUUGCACAGGUUGUUGGGGAUUCAAGGUUUACAGCCGAACUGGCUCAAAAUAGUUUCGACAAACUGAAAUCUGCUCGGGAUGUCGUCACUAGAACUGGACAUUCCUUGGCUUUGGGAUGUCUUCAUCGGUACGUAGGAGGAAUGGGAUCUUCGCAGCAUCUGAAUACGAGCGUCUCCAUCUUACUUGCUUUGGCGCAGGACACUAGCUCGCCGGUCGUCCAAGUGUGGUCCCUGUACGCCUUAUCAUUGAUUGCUGAUUCUGGAGGUCCUAUGUUCCGAGGAUACGUGGAGCCGACACUAUCGUUAACUUUGAAACUUCUCCUAUCAGUUCCACAAUUCAAUGUGGACGUACAUCAAUGCAUUGGACGUGUUCUAAACGCGUUGAUUACAACAAUGGGUCCCGAGCUCCAGGGCAACAUUCCUUCGGUGUGCACUAUGCGUUCCUCAUUUAUGUGUGCCGCGGCAGUCAUGCAAGCACAUUCCGACCCGCUAGUACAAGCAGAGGCUACUGGAUGUCUUCAACAAUUGCAUUUGUUUGCCCCACGUCAUGUCAACCUCUCCUCAUUAGUUCCUACACUGGUCAAAACCCUAUCCAGUAACUAUUUGAUAUUAAGAAAAGCUGCAGUAUCCUGUCUCAGACAACUGACACAACGCGAAGCUAAGGAAGUCUGCGAACAUGCACAAUCGUUAACCGUGGACGAUUGUUCGGGUCUGGUCAUAACAGAGUCAGGGCUUCCGGGCGUAUUAUUUGGAAUGUUGGAUACGGAGACGGAUAACGAAAUGAUAAGGAAUAUCCACGAUACGUUGACUUCUAUGCUUCAGAUGUUGGCGUCAAAUAAUUUGACUCAAUGGUUGAGCUUAUGCAAGAAUGUCCUAACAAUUGCUGUGGAAACUGAUGAUACCCAAAAGCGUGAUUUAAUUGACAACGAUGAAAACGAAAAUGAUGACGAUAUGGAAUACCAUGCAGAAGAGAAUACAAGCACUCAUCCAGCUGUUCAGCCGCGUUGGCCUACUCGAGUGUUUGCGGCGGAAUGUGUCCGAAAGAUCAUAACUGCCUGUGAAAUGGCCAAUCCGAUACAUUUUGAUUUGGUGCAAGCCAAAGAAAUGCAAAUGACCAAAUCGCGCGGUGACUAUCUCAUCCUUCACUUAUCAGACCUGAUUCGUAUGUCAUUUAUGGCCGCUACCAGUGAUUCAGAUCAGCUUCGGCUGGAAGGGUUGCGGACCCUGCAAGAAAUCAUCGUUAAAUUUGCUGGUGUGCCCGAGCCAGAAUUUCCUGGACAUUUACUUCUUGAACAAUUUCAAGCCCAAGUUGGGGCUGCAUUGCGACCCGCGUUUGCUCCUGAAACUCCAUCUCACGUUACGGCCGCUGCCUGCGAAGUAUGUUCGGCUUGGAUUGGUUCUGGAGUGGCUCGUGAUUUGAAUGAUUUAAGGAGAGUCCAUCAGCUACUUGUAUCGAGUCUGUCUAAGCUACAUUCAAAAACCAACAGUACUCAGUUGUACAACGAAAGCAUGGCAACUUUGGAGAAAUUGAGUAUAUUAAAAGCUUGGGCAGAAGUUUACAUUGUCGCAAUGAUUGGGAAUGGUUCAGCCCCGGCUAGUUUGAUACAGAAGAAGUUAACGAAUAAAGGAAAUAGUCUUGGCCUAACAGCAAGUGCUGCUUUGUAUGGAAACAAUAAUAAUGGAAAUGAAGACGAAGAAAAUGACUUUGGAGACUUUGAAAGUCGAGGAGAAAGUUUGCUGUCUUUGGUCAAACCAGAAUUGGGAAACCUUUCAACACAUUGGCUUGCAGCUCUCAAGGACCAUGCAUUGCUUCUAUUACCCCCAGAAUAUCAGAGUCAAUUACCACAUGACGGUGGGGCUUUCUAUACUACAGACACUAUUAGCUCUUCAAAACCCCAUUAUUUGGCAUCCUGGCCUCCAAUACUCUAUGCUGCCGCGUUGUGGCUGAAUGAUGGUGGUUUCGACAUGAGUGAUGACUCGUCUCAGGAGUUAUCAAAGUCUGAAUGUGAUAAUGAAACUGCAAGUAACGCUAAUUAUGAUAACAAUAAUGCUAUAACCCAUGGAAGUGUGAGCGCUGAUCGGUUCCAUCUUAUUUUCGGAGUUUGUAUGGAAGCACUGUGCAGUACAAGGACUAGUGACAAGCUGGAUGCAGUCAUUAGUUGCUUACAAUCAUUAUACACUAUCUUCGAUUCAACCUGGGCUCGAAAACUCCUGGUAAAGGACAUCUCACUAACUAUUGAACUCUGUAAUGUUCUCCAUCGGCAAAUCCUCACGCGUGACAGUCUCCACGUUCAAUUAAUGUGCAUGGAGAUCCUCAAGCAAACCAUAGCAGCUGUAAAGGAGUCAUUGGACAACGAACGAGCUGCACGUUUAUCUGAAUCGUGCAAUGAUAAUGAAUCAAAAACUGACUUAAUGAAAGAUUUAGAUAAUUUGGGCGAGGGCGGAGAUAGUGGUGAGAUAAUACCUGGCCAAUCGCAUGUGUAUGCCGUUUUGGAGGUUUGCUUGUGUGUUUUUGUACGCCAAAUUCCUACUAUGAAUCCUAGUAGCAGCGCAAAAAUGACAACGGAGCAAUUGCGAAAGGAAAUUGCAAUGAAAAAUUCGACUGGAACGUUGACGUUAAGUGAAGAUAGUGGGUUGCUUGUAGCGUCUGGUCUGCAGUCUGCUGAGGGCCUACUAAAAUUGUGUUCACCAGCAGGUGCCGUGACCAUUCUUCCAACCAUUCUCUACCUAACAACGAGCAUCAUCAAAGAAAUUGCAACAAAAUCUAUAAACGAUCAAACAGUUAUUGCCAAUUACGGAUCAAUCCAGUCAGCCCUACAUUGCCUGAAAUCAGUCUGUACCGACAAAUACGUAUCAGACGAAAGAACUGCAACGGAAUGGAAGAAACUCCUACAAAGUUGUUUGGCCAGCAUAAUUGAUCUAACAAAAACUGGUUGUGAUGAGACAAAAGUCGAUGAGGUGACCAUGAUGCUGGCAAUUGCCGUUUUCAUCCUUCACACCGGGGCAAGUGUCGUAUCAACUCCGUCCUUACAAUAUCCGUGCAUCAAUCACUUCCGACAAUGUUUGCAAAAUGAAAAUGAAAUUGUAAAGUUGAAAUGUACGCAAACUGUUCGAUCAAUAUUCGCUGGGGCUGAUUUAAAAGUGGCGACUCCAUAUAUUCAUGCAUUGGCGCCGAGGAUUAUUGAAGGAUUGUAUUUAGAGAAGGCUAAAACGCCAAAGACAGAUAAUGAGCUGGCUGUCGUCCUGGAGAGCAUUUCGACUGUGGAAACGUUAAUUGAACUUGCUGAACCGAAAAAUCGAAAUUUGAUGCAAGGAAUCCAAAUGCUCACCCUAUUGAUUCCGGUUCUCAUCAACUUCCUGAUCGAUGCCGCUAAACUUCGGCAGGUUUCAAAGCAAACCCGACAACUACACGAGCAAUCAUUGCAGUGGUUAAUGCGCAUUGGCCCAAAAUAUCCCCAGGAAUUCAAAACGAUGAUGUCCCAAUCACCGGAUUUGCGUUUACGUCUCGAAACAGCUGUUCGGAACAACCAACAAUCGACAAAUAAUUCCAAUAAAGCAGCACACGACGCCCAGAAUGCAUCAAAGGCAAUGGGUUCAUCACAACAAAAGCCAACAAUUAAACUUAAAACUGAUUUUAGUAAUUUCUCGUAGAUUGUAAAUCAAUUAUAUCGUAUUUAUGUGAAGUUGGGAGGGGAUAUGGUUGGAGCUUUGGCGGUUCAGGAGGCGGGGUUGAGUUUACCCGAUUGCGUCACUUUCUUUUGAGCUCAUACGUACAUUCUAAAUUUCUCAAGUUUUUAUUGUAACAAUAAUGGCAUCUUCAGCUCCGCGGACUUGAAUCAUAUUUCAGCUUAGCUUGACUUUCUUCUGUUGGUUGCAAUCUUAAAGAUUUAUCGAACAGCAACACCCUAAGUGCGAUAUCUCUGAACCCUUAUCACCUCCAACUACUUCAACUUCGACCCUAUCUCCUCCUAACUGGAUUCUAACGUCUUCUAUAAACAUUUCAAUUUGAUUUAGUGUUUUCAAUUGGGAGGAUAGAAACGUGGCAAAAAACUAGAAAGAAAUUUCAGUAAAGCUGGAUUUUCUUAGGGAAUUGCUAACUUAACGAAUUGGAUAAUAAUUGACAUAGAAAAUUAUAUAAAACUGUUGAAUUAUUUAGAAAACACAAAAUUAUCACGUAGUGACAAAAUCAAAUAAGAGAAUUUUAUCAAUAAAUAAAUAAUUCUGUUAGAGUAGCAAGAGUGGAUGUGAUUUUUAAGAUUGUGGAAAUUAUAUUUAAAGAGUAUUUAAACGAUGGAAGCUGGGAGUGAAGAGAGAGGAUAUAUUUAUAGGUUUAUUCAUGUUUAUUCAUACAAUUAUACCAAGUUCUGCUUUUA